GACUGAUGAUACCAUAUUGUAUUUGGCUAACAACUAACAAGAAGUUGUAAUUCAAAUUUUUGCACGGAGUGACCGGACCGCGUGGCUCGUAACAUUACGGGCACGGCACGGACAAGGGCCAAGUCAUGUUGGCAACAUGUAAAACAAUUCAGAUAUUGCCAACUACCAACUAGAGACCGAACCGGAACAACCCAACGUUCAGUUAUUGUUCAAAUAUUUAUCCCUUAUCAGUGUCCAACUACCUACUGAGCUAUGGAGACGGACCAACCGCUGGCAGAUUCGGAGUUUUGAUAUCACGAAACGAAAAUCAUCAUGUCGAUGCCGCCGAUGGAACGUGAUUCGUGCCAUGCAAUCAAUGCUACAAAUACCGUGACUUGUUUCGCAUUCAGUAGAUUUUUGCCAGCACUCCAAUGCGUAGAAUCCAACAGCGAUGGCGAGAGCCAAGAUUUCUCAACGGAGUUGCCGCUUUUUGAAUGCUCUUUGAAAAUAGAGCACAGUACUUACACUGACAUCGAGUUGGUCGGUCUUCAGGUUUGGAGUGGCGCUUUACUGCUAUCUGAAUUCAUUAUUCACUGUGGCAAUUCUCUUCUAUGCGACAAAAAUGUAUUAGAAUUAGCUUCGGGUACUGGCUUAGUUAGCAUCAUAGCUGGCAUGUAUUGUUCUCACGUUACUUGUACAGACCUGAACGAGCCCAAAGUUCUGAAAACAAUCGAAGAAAACGUGAACAAUAAUCGACAUUUGAUUAACGCUUCAGUAUCCAUACAACCUUUCGAUUUUUUCUGCGAUUGGUCUCCAGCCCCAUCGGCAUCGGCGUCAACGUCAACGUCGGACGUUCAUCGACUCAUCUCAGAUACCGAGAUUAUUGUCGUCUCCGAAGUUAUAUACGACAAUAGGUUAACCGACGCAUUUAUCGAGCAGCUAGUCAAAAUUACGAGCGUAAACCCGAAAAUUUACAUUUAUAUAACGAUAGAAAGAAGGUAUAUUUUCAGCGCUGUAACUUUACGCACCGAAGCUCCGCAUUACGAAUACUUCUUCGAACGACUUCGUGCCAAGCAAAAUAUAUCUAAACUGAAUUGGCGCAUCAAACGAAUGAAAAUCGAUUUCCCACACUACUUCAAAAACUACUACAAACGAAGUAAGCACCUUCAACUUUGGAGAAUAUCGUCAAAAACUUAGAAUCUAACUACUAAUAUAUUGUAAAUGUGUAUUAACUACGAUUACGGUAUAUUAAGCAGUAUUUCGAAUUGUACGAGUAUUUACUUUUUGUAAAAUGCCAUAUUUUAUCAUCUGUUGAGUAAAUUUUCCGAAAGAAAUUGUCUCAAAUGCA